GGCGUAUAUCUUGUCUCUGUCUUCCGUGUUUGUGCUGCGCCUCCACGGUUCGUGUGACCUCGACACGACACGGCACGACACGGCAUGCAGACGUGGCAUCGAGGCGUCGCGCAGUAACGACUGUGCUCAAUGGUCAUGUUACACCGUUUGUCAUCAGGACGAACCGAGCGGCGGGCGAACGUGUCUCAUUCCGGUCUCGCUUUCUCAUUUCCAGCCGACAUGGCCAUGCCAGCCACCUCCGCGGCCUCCCUAACCGCCUCGUGAAAUGACUGUGGGCGGCCCUGAAUCAGGCCAUAAUUUCUCCCCAGUCGCGUUGCGGCUCCCGGACGCGCUCGGCACACCGGGCCAUGUCUGCCAUAGGUCGUACACCGACAGUUUCUUGUGCUUUGAUGAUCACGAGUGCAACGCUGCCACGGCUAAGCUGCAGCGAAUUCGGCUUAUUACGCGCACAGUAUUUCGAGUCGUCAAAUCCGACCAUCCUGCCAGAUCACCCACUCGCUGCCAUGCCAGCCCAGACCCAACCCUCCACGCAUAGCGUACAGCAAGACCAGCCAUGGCGCGCAGUAUGGCCUGCGGACAAGAACGCGAAGUUGUCGGAGCAUGUCAUCACAUACGGCGCGCGCAAAGGCUGCAGGAUGAUCGUCGAUGGCAGCGCCGGCAAUGCUCCGCUCAAAAUUGUCUACGAUACCGCAAAGCAGUAGUCUGAUGGACGUUCCGAAUACCAUAUGGGAUCGAAAGAUGACAAUCCAGCGGACAUCCAAUGAUUGCGCAAGACAAGUUGACGACAUUCCUGGCAGCCUGGGGAAUGAUGGGGCCAGUUUCCGCGCUGCAGGCCUGGUACACUGGAUUUAGGA